AUGGGCAUUACACAGAUUAAGGAGUGGUACAAUCGGUUUAAAGACAGCCGCACAUCGGUGGAGAGCGAGCCACGCUCCGGUCGGCCAUCAACAUGCCGAAAUGACCAAGUCAUUGCCAAAUUGAACGCUGUAGUGAUGAGAGGCCGUCGUGUGACUAUCCGAGAAAUUGCGCAAGAGGUGGGCAUCAGCACUUUUUCGGCACAUUCCAUUGUGACCGAAGAUUUGGCCAUAAAGAGAGUGGCGGCAAAAUUCGUGCCAAAGCUACUGACGGCGGAGCAAAAGCAACUUCGUGUUGAAAUCUCACAGGACAUGCUGGACUCCGCAAACAGUGACUCCGACUUCAUGAACACCAUAAUCACUGGUGACAAGUCCUGGGUGUACAGAUACGAUCCAGAAACCAAAUCCCAGUCGUCAUGGUGGAAGCAUUCCUCGUCACCAAGACCAAAGAAGGCCCACCAAGUGCGAAUCAACGUCAAAGUGAUGCUGACUGCUUUCUUUGAUUCCCGCGGUGUGGUACACCAUGAGUACGGACCACAGGGUCAAACAAUCACCAAAGAGUACUCCAGGUAUGUCCUCCGUUGCCUACGUGAUGUUGUGCGACGCAAGAGACCGGUCUUGUGGUCAACGGGAACUUGGCGCCUCCAUCACGAUAAUGCUCCAGCACAUUCCUCGCACUUGAUUCAGACUUUUUUGGCGAAAAACCAGACUCCUGUGCUUCAACGGGCUCCUUACUCUCCUGAUAUGGUCCCCUGCGACUUCUGGCUGUUCCCCAAACUCAAGAGGCCGUUGAAAGGAACGCGAUUUCAGACAAGAGAGGACAUUAUGGCAGCAACGACAGCCGAGCUAAAAUCUAUUCCGAAAGAGGCUUUUUCGGCAUGCUUCCAAUAA